GAGCCAACAAAUCCCUUGCAAUUUCUCUCCUCAUCCCUACCAAAUUCACCAAAGCUCUUUUUCUUUCAUAAAGUUUGUGAGUCACAUCUUGAACCUCACAAACUUUGAGCUAAGCCACCAUCCAUUUCACUCUUUUUUCUUCAAUUGUUGAGAGAUCAAGAUUUGUGUUGGUGAUUCUUGAAGUAGAUCCAAGUUUGUGCAAGAUUUGUGCAACGCUCGUGCUAAGAAGAAAUGGAAAGUAUCAAACAAGAGAUUCUUGAACUCCGCAAAGAGGUGGUUACUUUGAAGGCUGGUAUGGAGCAUCUGACUGCUCUGGUUGAGGCUCUAGUUGCUGCCCAAGUCAAUCCUCCUAUGAUGGAAGAAAGGAUGGCAAAGGUCUUUCUUGAAACUCUGAACUCGUUCUUUCCCAAGGGGACAGUAGUCAGUACACCUGCUGACUUCCACAGAGAGGUGGGUAUGAAAGCGCUUCUAGAAAAGGAUGUCCGAAAGGAAUGUUUGUUUGAAGAAGGUAACUCAGCUGGAAGUGUGAAGAAGUUUGGUAAUGACUUUUCAAAGAAGAGAAUCAGGGGAGGAAACAAUCAUCAUCAACAUCAUCAUGUUUCCUAUAUCAUUCCUGUAUCCAAUUCAAUUCAUGCAACUCCAGAUUAUCAGCAAAGUACUCGUCAACAAGCUCCUCCACUGAAUGAGCAAAAUCAAUCUCGAAAGCCUAAUUUUGAUCCUAUCCCUAUGACCUACACAGAAUUGUUCCCUGCUCUAAUUCAUAAGAAUUUGGUUCAGACAAGGUCACCACCUCCAAUUCCAGAGAAGAUUCCAUGGUGGUACAAUGCUGAUGUUACUUGCGCUUUUCAUCAGGAUGCUCCCGGACACAGUUUAGAAGAUUGUUGGGCUCUAAAGGUUGAAGUUCAAAGAUUGACUCGUGCUGGUAUUUUGUCUUUCCGAGACAUUGGCCCUGAUGUUCAAGCCAAUUCUUUGCCAAAGCAUGAAUGAAUCACUAUUGAUGGUAGCCUGAAGUUUGAAAGAUGUUUCCUUCAGCACAAACCCAGAUGGAGAAAGCCUUCUCAGUUUUUUUUAGUAUUCUUAC